UCGGUCUGUCGGCACGUCGUUUCGCCGCCGGACGAUCAGAGCUCUCUACAGACGAAUUAUCACAGAACAUUAUACACGCAGCACUCGGGCACCAUGGGCGACUCCUCUGAAGACGAAAGGAUCGAACGAAUAAUUGGGAACGAACAACAGCAGCAGGACGAUCCCGACGAGGGAUUCGAAAGUGCCUCCAACACUUCGGACAUCGACGACAUCGUCGUCGGCAAGAAGUAUCCACUUCCGACCAGACCGCGGUUCCAUGUGAUGUAUUCGUCGGACGAGGAGGAGGAAGCGGAAGCCGCCAGGGGAGGCCGCAGACCGUAUGACCGGUAUCCUUACGCGGGAAGGAGCGUGUCCCGCGGAGACGACGACAAGGACAACCGCGCCGCCGCACUUAGGAAUCUUCUCAGGAAAACACGCACGAAUGGCCACGGUGUUUCAGAUAAAAUUGUAGAAGCAAAAAGAAUAACCGGUAUGGCUGUCAAAGCUCAAAGAAUAAUCUACUUUGUGCAGUGGUCGAAUAACGGAAAGGAAAAUCAUCCAAUGGAUGAACAAUUAAUGAGAUGGUGCUACCCUGAAUUGGUGAUAGAAUUCCACGAAAAAAAAUUUCUAAGUCCUUCUAAAUAUAUGAAAAUUAAAAAUUAA